AAGGUGAUCAGAUUAUUAUACAAAAAUGCAAGCUGUUUCUGAUAAGCCUGGAUAUAAGCGAACUAGAUCUUAUUUCAUACGAAACGCUUUACGAAAAGACUUUGAAAAGUUACAUGUAUUCGCCAAUGUAAAGUUCAUUAGACAUAUUGGCUAUCCGAAACGUAAAAUUUCCAACAAAAUAGACUUCUUCAAUUUGAGUUCAACACAUUUUUUUUUGGUCACUGAGAGUGCGCACUCAGCUGUCACGGUUGGCUUUGCAGAAUUUUCAAAUCAUCCACCAAUUACAGCUUUACCAAAAGAAUGUUGGGAAGACUGGAUCACUACAAAUUUUUGUCUUGGUCUGGAAUUAUCACCUACUAAUUCCUUAUUUCUGAGUUCAUUUAUAUAUAAUCCAUCACAUAUACCGGAAAUGUUAUUGCAUGUACUGGAAGAGAUUUUUAUGCGGGAACUUAAACUGCGUUAUAUACUAAUACUACAAAUGCCUGAUAUGAUCUAUAUACGUCCUAACGAUAUACCAGAUCAUAGCUGGCUGGAACCAUUUUCAACUAUAUAUUAUCCAAUAGUUUUUGAUCCAAUAUGUAAAAAUGUUCAAUGUAUUCAUGUCAUUGAACGUGAAAGCAUCAUACGUGAUAUUACGUACAGAAGGGCAUUACCAGGUGAUAAUGAUGAUAUAAUUGAUAUGAUGGAUAUGUUUUGUCCACAAAUAAGAACCGAGCUGGGAGAUUUUUACAUCGCUGAGGAACUUCUACAUAAUGCAAAUUCUCAUAGCUCAUUAAUUGUUUGCGAGAUUAAACAUAAAACAAUUGGUUUUUUUUGGUUGAACGAUAAUGUGGACAUACUAAAAUUAGUGGAGAACUUUGAGCUUGAAAUUUUUGGGAACUUAGUGAAGUAUGAUCCAAAUCUACCAACUAUAGAAAUACAGACUCCAUUACGUGUAUAUGGAAAAGUUGCUAUAACAAAACUAUUUACUGUGGACUCAAUUAAAGAUAUGCUUCAAAAGACCGUUAUGAUGAAAUACUUCCCGAAACAUAAAUUUAGUAAAAUAAGUAUUUAUAAUAAAACCAUAGACGUGAUUUCUGAUAGAGGGCAAAUACAAGAUAUUAAGGAUGAAAGAUUAUACUUAUUUGACGAAUUGUUUAAAAAAUUUCGAAAAAUUGAUGACAAAACUCGUUCCAAUGAGUGGUACAUGGAAUCCUUUGAAGCACUUAUGGAAUUUUACUAUAACAUCCCAAACGAUUAUGAUGCUACAAAUUUAGCUCAAUAUAGACCAGAGGAAACAUCGAACGUCUUUGCUCUACAAUUAUUUAGUCUGGAGAAUGAUAGAGAUCUUCGCUUGUUCAAGCUUUUCCUGGCAGCCACUUUCAGUGCAUAUCCCGAUCGUGAAUUUUGCAUUAUUUCAGUACCAAAAAAAGUUGAGAAAUCGAAAGAUUUAUUAAAAUUAACAGAUUGCUGUGUUCAUGUUCAAUCUCGACCAAACUGUUCACUACACGAUGAUCUAUAUAUAGUUCAUCACAGUGCAUUGUAUGGUGAACUUUUUUUGCAGCAAGUGAAUGAAAUCGAUGACGCAUUAGUCCAACAAAUGCUACUGUGUUAUGAGAGUGAUGAUGAGUUAUACGAUACAACUGCCGAAAUUAUGUGUAGAAUAAAAGAACACUUUGAUGCUGAUAAUUCUACUAUCAGUGUUUUUUUGGUACGUUGCGGCAAGUCAUCGCAGCAUAUGGCUUUCAAUACAAUUGUUGGAUUCAUUAUCACAAGAGCAUUUCACGAUAUUUCCGCAUUAGAACAGCAUUUCUUUAUAAGAAGUACAGAAAUGAAAAUUUCCACCAGUGGAGAAAUUUUGUGUUUGUACUUACAUCCAUUUUAUCAAUUUGAGUAUCAAUUAAUAUUUCGAGAAUUAGGACGCAUGAGUGGAUUUAACAUCUUGUAUUAUAUAGCACCAAAUGGAAGAAAACUGAAGCCACUACUUAACGACUUGGUAAAGAAAAUGCAACCUGUUGAACCAAAACUUAUUAAAACUUUUGAUAUUACAAAAAAAAAAUAUCAUAAAAAAAAGAAAAAAUUUCACACUAUUUACGAUUUUAAUUACGCGGAUUCUUCAUAUGCUGUGUAUCGACGUCAUAUGCGUGAAACCGAAAUGUACGGCGACACUAAUAUAAAAAUAGUGAUUAUCGGCUUCACAGAUGUAACUAAGGCACUGCUGCGAUCCUUGCUUUUUAGCUAUAACUCACAGGACAUGAAUUGUGUACCGAAUUUCGAUAUCACCGUCAUCACUAAACCCGGUAUUGUGGAAGCUGAAUAUGAUGCAGACUUUAUUUGUAGGGUGUGUAAAAAAAAUUGCUGGAUACAAUUCCAUAAUUCUAACGCAUACAUUAAUGAUUGCGUGAAACGUUUAGAUCUACAACAAUGGAUAACAUUUGUAUCAGGAGAUCUACGUAAAAUCGAUCGUGCAUCCCAUAAAGUAAAACUAAACGGACAAUGUGAUGUUAACUACGACAUUCUGAUACUUUGUUGUUACACCGAUUAUAGUAUACCACAAAAAAUGAUUCUAGAUGAAAAAUUUCCAUACAAUUAUGCACAAUUCAAUUGUCGUCUAGAUAAAAUUAAUUUUUACCAUAAACUCCUCCUCAUAAAGGAAGAGAUGGAUGAUCCUUUUACGAUAAUCGUUUAUGGUAUUCAUGUACGUGUUUAUGAAUUUAUCAACUUCCUUAUAGAGCACGGAAUUAAAGGAAAAAAUAUUAUACUAGUUGUUCCUGAUAAUACUAUUGAAGUUCACAUUAUGAAUCAUCCCGAUAUAGAUAUAAAUGUUGAAAACAUUCUACAACAAAUGGUGUUUGAUUUGGGUGUUAAGAUUUGUGAACGAUACAUAUUUCUUUCUUGGCAACAGUAUGGUAGAGACGAAAUUAUAAAAUAUGUGACGUUCUACUCAUUGCACGAUAAAGCGAUAGUCAAACUUGAUUGCGAUAUGUUCGUUAGCUUCUAUGAUAUGCACAUUACUCAAAAAUUUAUUAACAUUCUUGAUGCUGCUGAAAUUUAUAUGGAAGAUAACGAUAUCCUCGUCGAUAAUUGCUUUCGUACAAAUGAUAAAAAUAUAUAUGCUUUGGGCAAAUUUAUUCAACAUUUUGAUGAUCAAAAUCAUCAAUACAGAAAUGUCAAUCCAAAAGAAUUGGCUGAAAAGCUUUUAAUUAAAUUAAAUCUUUUGCCACCAUACAAAAGAAUAGGAAGGAAAUUUGAUAGCCCUCAUUACUUCCAAGCUCAGUUACCAUUCGGCUAUUACUUAUAUAAAGUGGUUAUACCAAAACGGUACAUAACAAAUCAUCUACCUAAUGAAUUCGACCUGGCAAUGACUGCAUAUGAUGGAAAUUUCUCUCGUAUUCGCAUAAAUGAACAUGGGAUUGUAGUGGAAAUGCUCUAUAUAACUAAAGAAUUUGGUGAUUUCGAUUAUCUGCAAUUUUUUUGUGGUAAACAUCAAUUGAUGCUUAAUAAUAUACGUUCACGUUGGUAUUUGGGUGAAAUUGAUAAUAUAACUGAGUUCUUGAAACAGCGUUGGGCUACGUUACUCAUAACUAUGAAAUUCCAAAAUUUUAUUAAGGAAUUGGAAAAAUUGCUUAAGGAAGAAGCCGAGUAUUUCAUAAAUAGCAAAGCUAGAAUGAGCAUAGCUCGUUACAGACGAAAGAGUUCUUUCCAAAACAAAAUGUCAAAUAAUGGCACAACUAGGGAGAUUGAAGAAUUAUUCUUGGAGUAUAUACGUAAAAACUGCGAUAAAUAUCCACGCUAUUUUGCUCUACCAGAAGAUUUCCCAUUACCAUUCUACUGAUGUCCAUUUCUUUAAAAUCAUUUAUAUUUCUACUCAACUCAUUUUAAAUUUUUAAACUUAUUUAUUUAAAUAUAUUUUAAUGCCUUAAACUAACAUACUGAACACAAA